AUGACACCAAUCGAGACACGCCCCAUCCUGCAUCCGCUUCUUCCUCUCCUCUAUUCGUUCUUUGUUCGUCUUGUUCGUUCUCCUGCUUCUUCAUUCUUUCAUCUUUUUUCUUUUUCACUUUUCUUCUUCUUCCCGUACUUUCUCAUUUUCCUUCUUUUAAGUUAUCCGUACCGCACCCCUGAACCGCGCCGCCUCCGCCUUUCUCGACCGUCGACCAUCGACCGUGCUCCGCUGCGGCCUUUCUUGACUCGUCGACUGCGAGCUGCCCCUGCCCGCCGACAGUUUCCAUGGAUGGAAUUUGUUUGUUCGUCGCCCGCAACUGCCAAUUUGACGUUGCAUGGGGUGUGGCGGUGUGGCACGUGAUUCUACGAUGAUUAACUUUUGUUUGUGGAUUGAUGUUGACCUCCUUUCCGUUGGUUGAACUUGCAUUUUCUACUUUCUUUUGUAUGUUUGUUUUUAUGCUUUGUCGUAUAUGUUAGGCCGAAUUGCGAAGUAGUUAUGUUCCUAAACAAUGCGUACUUAGUGCAAUUAAUAUUUUAUGUAAUAUUCUUAUA